AUGCUGGCUCCACAGACGCUGGCGCAGGUGUCACCCGCGCAUCAUGCGGUGCGUGGGGCCUCCGCUGCGUUGCUGGCGGCAACGGCCGUUGCCAACUUGAUGGGGAACCGGAAGGCGCUGCUGACGCUGCUGCAGCGGCAACAACUGACUCGGUUGACACUCGCCCCGCCGUCGCGCAACAUCGCAGCGCUUGCACUUUUCAUCGGCGUAUUCAGGUACCUGCAACGUGCCGCCUCCGUGCGCGCCAAGCAGCAACAGCAGUCCACAGAUGACAAGACCAACAGCCAGCCACCUCUAAUAGUCCCGGGGGCUGUAUGGGCGUCUGCGGUGGCGUCGGGACUCGGCACCGCCUGCUUGUCUCCCAAAGCCCGCCCGGCCAUUGUGGCGCUGUUGUCCACCAACGCAGCAAGUGAGCUCGUCCAGCAAUUGAUGGCCAAGCAUCCGAACCUGACGCUGCUCAAGCCGCUGGAGCUGCUGGCGUUCAUGACGGCGGUCGGGUGGAUCUACUACUCGGGCUUCUUCCACCCCGACAGCUACCAGAAGUCGCACAUGAGGCUCAUUCUCAAGUACGUGCUGUUGACGCAGCCCAUGGCGUCCGAGCUGCAGGACCAGUACCGACUCGGCCUCAAUCCGAACCCGUGCUCCAUGCGCCACAAGGGCCUCAGCUGUGGGCAGUUCGCGCGCAGUGACUUCCUCGCGCGCAUAACGACCGAGGCCUUCCGCUUGUACUUCCCCGUGCACUUCUCCGCGUGGAUGUUCGCCCACCGCCACGCCAAAGUGCGCUCCAAGCCGCUGCCCACGCGCGUCCGGCGGUUCGUGGCCAAGCUGCUGCGAUCGAUCACGUACUUCACGACGUUCGUGUACGUGGGUUGGGUGCUGUCGUGUCAAAUGGGCAAGUUUGGGGACCGUUCUGUAGCUCAUCGCAAGCUACAAUUCUUCCUGGGCGGCGCGCUGCCGUCGCUGGCCAUCUUCAUCGAGUCUCCGUCGCGACGGCGCCCCAUCGGCCUCAUCCUGACCUCGUACGUGCUGGUGAGCAUGGGCAACGUGGCGUUCCGCCGCGUCGCGUGGCUGCAGGCUGGCGCGAGUCCCGUGCGUGGGCUACUGGAGGCGGCGUGCGUGGCUGCAGCAGUAGCCGCGACGAUCUCGGGCUCGCUCGAGAGCAAUCACCUGGUCCGGCGCGUCUUGCUUGGUGACGUCGAAGCGCGCGCACUAAAGGAGGAGCUCCGGCGGAUGAACAAGGCAGAGGCGGAACUGGCAGAAACCCUGCGCGCGUACUGA